GUUACCUCACUUCAGCUACCGAUUUUAAGUAUGCCAGUGGUAUUUAAAAUUUAUCACAUGGACAUUCGAUUACCAAAUUUUCGAUACCCUUAAAUUUUUGGUCAAAAAUGGUGGCAAUCAAGACAGAUGUUGAAGCUCAAGCGGUUAAAGAAGACAUACCACACGACCACUUGUACAAAGUGACCGGUUUAUCGUCGACAAAUUUAGAGAAAUUGGCUCAAGAACCAGCAUCAGACUUCGAAGAAGCGAUUAGUGCUACUGGAUAUGGCUGGUUCAACAUAUCUCUCAUGCUUUGCACUUUGCCCGCGUUCUGGAGCGCCGUAUCCGUCACCAGCUCGUCAUCCUACAUCUACACGAGAGCCCAAUGUGAUAUGGAAUUACGGUUGUUGGACAUGGGCACCGUUACUGCCAUGACGUAUAUAGGUAUGAUAUCAUCUGCGAUGCUUUGGGGGUUCCUAUCAGACACGCUCGGUCGGCGACAGCUCAUGAUCUGGGGCUUUUUUAGCUCUGGACUGGUUGAAGUGGCCGCUAGUUUGAGCCAGAACUUCACAAUGCUGCUUAUAACGCGUUUCUUCAGUGGGUUCUUGUUUAAUGGUCCAUUCGCAGUACUAUUAACAUACUUAGCAGAGUUACAUCGCACGAACCUGCGUGCGCGUGUCCUGUUACUCACUGGCCUUUUCUUCACCAUUGCUAACACCACUCUACCACUGCUAGCUUGGGCCAUCAUUACAAAGGACUGGGACUUUCCGCUCUUUGGAAAUACCAUUGUAAUACAUUCCUGGAACCUAUUUCUUCUGGCUACAGCGAUGGUACCUAUCCUAACUGGAAUGGCAUUCAUCUAUCAGCCAGAAAGCCCCAAAUUUCUAAUGUCUCGAGGACGUAAUAAGGAAGCCUUGGAGGUCUUUCGAAAAAUAUACUCUCUAAAUACUGGAAAACCACCAGAAACUUACCCGAUUAAAAAAUUAGUAGAAGAAAGAUCGGAGCAGCAGAGCCGUGGACUAACGGCCUUAAAGGAGGGUGGCGCACAAUUUGCCCCCCUCUUCAAGCCACCUCACAUAGGCUGGCUUUUACUCAUAUGUUUAGCUCAUCUAGGGUGUAUGUUUGGGUCAAAUACAAUACGUCUCUGGUAUCCGCAACUGGCUGCCAUGAUAGGCUCGGAUGGUACUGAAAGCCUGUGCUCGGCUAUCGCCCCUAAACACGUGGAGGUGGAAGGUUGCCUACCUACAGAAACGAAUAUGCUAACUUAUCUACAGACCGCAGUGGUCGGUGCUGGAUCGAUGAUCACGUAUGGGAUUGGUGGAGCGAUGAUAAACAGUUGCGGCAAGAGAAGGGUUUCCGGAUUCUGUGGGAUUUUAAGUGCGAUUUUCAUUAUAACGUUACCAUUCACCGGUAGUAGUGCCUUGCCAAUGGUCGCAAUGGUCACCACCGCGAUGGCAAUCACCUCACUUUGUUCUGCAACUUUAUCAAGCAUCGCAGUAGAUCUAUUCCCUACCUCACUUAGAGUAAUGGCGAUGGCUACGUUUUUAAUGAGCGGUCGUGUCGGCACAAUAUUAGGAACUGUCAUUUUUCCCGCGCUCAUCGACUUCGGCUGUCUGCCGCCAUUUAUAACUAUAGGAGCAGUGUUAUCCCUAUGCGGAAUAUCAUGCUUCUUUCUACCAAACACAACUCUGAAGAAAUUGGAAUGAAGCUGACUUUUGGAGAAUUCUACCAAGAGUCAAGUCAAUUGUGAUAUAGUGUAAUGAUGCAGUGAUCGGUUUUUUCUUUAUAUAAAAAUCCAAGACAUUUUAGUAUAGGAAGAUGUAAAGAAAACAAAGUGAAAUAAAAAUAUUCCCUUUCUUUAUUAUAA